AUGUCUGAGGUACAAGAAAAGAAGCAGCGAACGGACCCCGAGCUGGCGGGCGAACCGACCGAGGGAGACGCGAUCCCGAAAUCACUCACCUCAUCGGCCGUCGUCUACGGGGUGGUGGAGAUAUCGGACCGCAUCUUGCGGCUGCUGGAGAAGCGGGAGCUGGUCAGCUUUAUGAGGGCAAGCAAGGAAGCUAUGGAGCACGCCUCGAGGGUGCUGUACGAGAAGAUCAGCUAUAGGGUGUAUGAUCUUGUCCGAAGGGUAGCAUCGAAGGACAGGCGGAACGUAUAUCUGUCAUCCAUCUUGGAAAUCAAAGCCGGCUCCAAUAUGGUACCUCCCAAGCGGCUAUGGCCAGCGCUCGAUCGCCAUCAUCACAUUCCGGACGGGCCGGAUAAGAAGGAGCUCCUUCGAGACUGGCUCAAGGUCUACCAUCCAUCCGCAAUGAAGGUGAUCGUGCCAUAUCUCCGGAGCAGCUGCCCAAGGCUCCGGGUCAUCUACUUUGGCCAGCACGUCCGGGGCUACGUGGACCGGGAGGCAUGGACGGUGCGCUGUCAGAAACCGCGAUUAGCUGCGACACCGGGCUCGGGAUCUGCCGUGUUUUUCACAGACGACACUCACGGCCAUAUCGACAUUUAUCGGACCCUCACCUUCACUUUGGCGCGCAGCCCUCCUGCUACUAUCAGUGCACCCCCGCCCCCCUCGGAAGGCUACACCACCACACUCCACUUCAACCUCCGGCUCACACCUGCUCUACCUCCAGACGUUCCGUUGUACAACCAAUGGCUGAAGGCUUUGCGCGAGGACCCACAGUUCGCGGAGCACCUCUAUCGUCUCGUGGAUACAUCAGACCUCCCCAUCGGUCUCGCCGAUCUCACUCGGCUUGCCCAGGGCCAAAAGGACGCUCGCCUGGAAUUCCAGCUGGGGCACGUGAUCGCCCCAGCUCUCCGUCCCUGGGCGGUACGUGACCUACAAAGCUUUGCAGCGGUCGCGCCGGGAACUCUUCGGACGCUCAUUCUUGGCCAGACGGACGUAUUCGGCGGCGAAGCCGCUGGCUCAUCAUUUGACGAUCUACCCCAAAUCAUGGCAACGGUCACCACGUCUCUACCCAGCCUGGCUACCCUCCGGUUCCAUCUCAUUGGCAUCGAAAACGCGGAAACGGUCUGCGGCGGCCUCUUAUCUUCAACCACCCUCAUCACGCACGGCUCGCUCAGCGACCUCACCAUCACCUCGAUGCCACUCCCUACCCCGCUUUCCGAUACUUUACGCUACCUCUCUUCGUUUUGCAGACGGGACGGAACUGUCACCAUAUCCCGUCUAGGCUCAGACACCUGGUCCCGCGAGGCGCAGUAUGCCUACCAGGCAUACCUCCAAUUACAGGACGAGCAUAGGCGUCGGCACCUCGGGAAUGUCAACUUCGCCCGCCUAGAUAUCUUCGAUCCAGCAAACCUCCCCGAUCUUACCUAUGACCAAGAGGGCCGACCAAAUCGGCUACGAGAAGUCAAGGCGGACAAGUGGACAGAGCAAGCCGCGGCGAUCAAGCAGGCGAGCAUCGAGGCUCUGGCAGGAUUGACCCAAUUUACCGAGGGGAGCAAGACAUUCCAAGAGUCGUCGCGCCUGCCGGCUGGGCGGAACGUCCUGUAUCGAGAAGCUCGGCAGCUCCGGGAAUUCGCGUCGUAUGCCGAGUUCAAAGCGGUUCAAGCAGCCUCCUUGGCCCAGCAGGUUCGGGCGGACAUACAACACUUUAUGGACUCGGUCAUACCGGCAAUGCCAGAGGAUGCGCAGGAUGAACCCCUUCUACUCGGAACCCUCGCGGAUACCUCGACCGGCGCUGCGCAUGCCUCUGCGUCAUCAUCAUCUACACACUCGGAGCAGGACUCGGAAUCGGGGGAGUCGGCUGCGGACGCCGAGUCUGAGGCGGAAGAGGAGCCGGCGGAUGCGGCCGGGAUCCUUGGUCAUAUCGACUUUCAUCGCACGCGCGCCUUCUCCCUAUCUCAGCUGCCACCCACCUCCUCCUCUUUUCAACGCCCGCAAUCGCCCGUCCCGGGCUACACCAUGCGACUGCUUGUCAAUCUCAAGCUUGAGCCUGCUUUUCCCUCCUCCGGCGCGGCGAAAGCCGACGAAUGGCUCGCAGCCCUGCGGAACGAUCUGCCCUGUCACCUGCACCGCACUCGUCAGCGCGACGCUGGACUCGAGGACAGCAUAGGGCACAUCAUUGCUCCUGCUCUUCUACCAUGGUCGGUCUGGGACCUGCAAAGCUUUGCUGCUGCUGCGGGCCCCGGGGCGGCCGCAGUACAGACCAUCGUGUCCGGUCGUUCUACAAGACGGCAGCAAGCGGACUUCAGGCUUUCGUUCGGCGAUCUACCCUUCAUCAAGGCGGUCAUCUCGUCUUCCCUCACCUCCCUGCUCAACCUCGCAGUCUAUCUCAAGGGCGGCGAGACUGUUGAAGAGGUCUGCGGAAACCUCCUCUCGUCCAAUACCCUCAUCAACCACGGUCCUCUCCGGAAAUUUACCAUCCAUACCGCCCGCCACCGCUCCCCUCCAUUCAACACAUUGCGUUACUUGUCAUCGUUCUGCCAAGCGGGGGCAUCAAUACACAUCUCCAGGCAUCGCUCGUCUGAUUGGGACCGCAAGGCUCAGCAUAAAUUUGUCCGUUAUCUACAAUCAGCAUCUCGGUCUUCACGUCUCCACCUCGGUAAGGUCGACUUCGGAGACCUCGAUGUCUUCCAGCCGGGUCACGUCAAUGAGCUCAUCUAUGACCGCGAUGUCCAAGUCCACCGCCAGAUCCAUCCCCCAGAAACGCGCUGCGUCCCCGCGCCGUCGCUCGCCUUCUCCGCUACCUCCUUCGAGGGCAUCGAGGACGUCUCCACUGAUGCGGCCAUCGACGCCGACAUCAACGCCUCCGAGGUCGCCGCCGCCGCUCCCGCCGCUGAUGCCCCCACAUCAUCUCCUCCCGCCGCAGCUGGUCCAGCUACUGCUCCUUCGUCCACCGCCAACGCUACCGGCCCCGGGAACGCCUCAACUGCAACCCCUCCCGCCCUCCAAACCGCCGCAGUCAUCACUUCCCCCACCAACAACUCGGGGUUGUUCCUCGGUCAUGCCAGUCAAGGUGCCAGCCCCGCCGUCGGAGGCAUACCCAUCCCCACCGACGUAGCCCAGAUCAGCCAUCUUAUGCAAACCGUUCGUGCCAGUCCUCUCCACCCAGCCAACAUGGGUGCCCGGUCCUUGAGCUUCGAGAAGGCGGGUAAGGGGCCGGGGUACGGCUUCGGGAUGGUCAUGGAGGAUGGAGAGGCCGCUCAAUUUGUCUUGAGUCUCAAGCUCCUCCAGUCGUUCCUCGUUCACCGCCCAACCUCGCAAUACGCCACAUGGUCUCUUACGGGUACUGGGUCCGGUGUCAACGUCGCCGAUCACUCACCGGGUCUUGAGGCGCUCCAAGGCGGUGUCGAAGGUAUCGACAACGGAGAGCGGCCUAUUCAUCCUAAGAGCACCCAUGGUGAUAUAUUCUUCAAGGCUGAUGUCCCUAAGGGGGAUGUCGAGGCGGCCAAGAUGGCGGGGGAAAAUUUGACCUUCCCGAAUGUCUACGACGCCACGGGCCUCACUAGUCUCAACGGUUCGCCCCUCCUCACCAACCGCGCGCUCCUUCAAAAUGGUCCCGACGUCGCCGUGGUCUUUUCCGCCAAGGUCUGGAAGGGGGAUGGGAUCACACCGUUCAAAGGCGGCCGGACUCACCGCGGUGGUAGCCCGGAGGGGUGGAGCGUGUCGUACGGCCUUAUCUCUCACUUCCUGAUUGGAUACUCCGCUGGUGGCGGUUCGUCCGAGGCGGUGGCUACUCCCAAGAAGCACAAGGCGAUCUAG